AUGGGGCGUUGGACGCAAUAUGAUGAGGAUGACUACCGUCUGCCUGAGGGCAUGAAACGAAUUGGUUACGAUUCAGACACUGGAAGGUACUUCUUCCGUGACGCCGACGGCUCGAUUUGGGCGAGCCCCGAAGGCUCAGAGUAUGGGGAGCUCAGCAAAGUCUCUGGACCCCCUUCGUCUUUCGUCGCAGACAACGAUGAAGACAACGAUGAUGUCGAAGCUACCCCCAGAACUCGCCCUGGGGGAUACCAGCUUCUGAGUGGUGACCCCACACAACCCAUGGCCUACUCAAGGCUUUCAAACUCGAAUUCAUAUCGCUCCUUAUUUCCCUUCUUCCUAAUCAUAGCAGUGAUACUGCUUCUCGUCUGGCGGGUGGUUCUCGCACCCAACAUCCUCACCGGCAACAAGCGCUGCCCCGAAGACACCUCCCUCUACUACAUCCAACCAGGAGACUCCUGUUGGGACGUCGCAAAGACUCACGGUAUCGACUUUGAGAAGUUCAAAGCUCUGAACCCAAAGGUCAAUUGCGACCCGCUUAUGCCAGGGACCUCGGUGUGCCUCCCUCCACUGAAAUCCUCGUUCUCUUCGUUCGCGAGGGGAGGAAAGUUUUAA